AUGUCUCAAGAAUAUCAGAUCCAACCCGAGUUCGGCGCCGCGCUACGCAGGUUCCUAUAUUCGCAAUUCUUCGGCACUCCGGCGCAUCCCACCCACUCGUUCGCCAACCAGACCAUCAUCGUGACCGGGUCGAACGUCGGCCUGGGCUUUGAAGCCGCCCGGCAUUUCUACCGGCUCGACUGCGCCAAACUGAUCCUGGCUGUGCGCUCCGUGUCCAAAGGCGAGGCCGCGAAAGAGGAUAUCGUCCGUAGCGUGAAGCACCGUACCGACGGGGCGGACGCGAUCGAAGUCUGGCCAUUGGAUCUGUCCAGCACGCAGUCGACCUUGGACUUUGCAGAGCGCGUCAAAGCCGACCUGCCCCGUCUCGACGUCGUGGUUGAGAACGCCGGUAUCAAUAACUUCUCGUGGUCUGUCGUCGAAGACGGCUGGGAACAAACAAUCCAGGUCAACGUCAUCAACACGCUUCUGCUGGGACUGGCCCUCCUGCCGAAGCUGGCUCAGUCCAAGGCCCGAUAUCCUGACUCCAGUCCCCAUUUGGAAAUUGUGUCUUCCGAAGUCCAUCGGUUCACCCAGUUCAAGGAAGUCAAUGCCCCGGAUAUCUAUGCCCGGUUGAACGACGAGAAAGCUUUCGUCUCAAGUGAUAGAUAUAACAUCAGCAAACUCCUCGAAGUCCUCUUCGUCCGCGAACUCGUUGCCCGCCUCAACGGCGCCGCCGCAUCAGGUCCAGAUUCAAAGCCAGCCCAAGGCUCGACGUAUUCUGGUGUCAUCAUCACCAUGGUCAAUCCAGGCCUCUGCGUCUCCCAGCUCGACCGCGGCAUGAGUUACGUCAUGCAAAUCGUCGCAGGUGUCAUGCGCCAUAUCGUCGGCCGGUCCACCGAAGUCGGCGCCCGGACACUCGUUUACGGCGCGUGUGCCGGCCCCGAGAGCCACGGCGAGUUCAUGUCUGACGGGCAGAACCAGGAAGUCGAGAAGUGGAUCUACUCGGAUUUGGGCCGGGAAGUACAGAAGAAGGUAUUUGAGCAGACUCUGAAGGUGUUGGAGGCGAGAAAGCCUGGACUGGCCAAGGAGAUUGGCCUUUGA